AUGGCGAGUUUUUUUGGCAAAAAAGGCCCGUCGUCGGCUGAGGUAAAGAGGGAGGCUGAUAUUAAGAAGAACAUAACAACAGAAUUCUCUAGAGCAUUGAAAACUCUGCAGAGGGAACACAUCAAUUCCUCUGACCCCAUAUUCAGUGAUGACCUUGCCAAUAGUGUGUGUAAUGUUUUAGAGGCAGUGUUUCUCCAUGGGUUGAAAGGAUCGACUGUUAAAAAGAUAACCAGUUAUUUAGUGGGAUGGAGUACAGAUGCAGAGCUAGUGAAUUUCUGGCAGCUAGCCAAGAAGUUUACGCACAGUGAUGUUGUAUCCCAGCUGAAUCAUCUAGGACAAAUUAGCAGUGAGGUGGGCAUGUGUCGAGCCUGGGUUCGUGUAGCACUGAACGAGUGUCUGAUGGAGAGUUACGUGGAUGCCAUGAUAGCUGACACAAGCACCCUCGUCAAUUACUACAAAAGAACCGCAUAUUUACGAGAUCCAGAAGAACCUGACAUUCUGAAAUCCUAUCUACAAGGUCUCUCUGAGUUCCAGUUCCAGCUGUCCUAUAACUCCAGCGUACUGAACCUGUGGACAACAGCUCCCCUUAUUCUGUCAGGCCUGUGGGAAGCUCAGUCUACACCUAACGCCAUCAUUUCCACACCCAAUGCUGGAGAGGCUUUAUCACAAUCUUCUCUCUACGAGGAUGCUUUGGAUGUUGCCAAGAAUUUGGAGGCUGAGUCAGGUAGUCCUGUGUUAUGCACAAAACCUCCAUCUAGGCCUCGAGCUACCAGCAAUGAGAAGCUGAAGAAAUCCUCAGGUCAUGACUUGGCAAGGAUAUCUGUGCCAGGACCCCCUCCCAACAGCCCCCACGACACUUCAGCCUUUUCUAACAAAGCAGCUGAGGAGCUAAGGAAAAAGUUGACGAUGCAAAGUUCCUCCCCGAAUAACUCUGAAGCCUCGUCGUCAAGUCAUAUCUCCUGCCCCGACCCUAGCAGCGAUGAGAAGAGGUCUAUAGGCAUCCCCGAGGAGAAGGGGACAGACACUAGUAAGACUGAAGGAGACGAAGAGAUGACAGUGAAGGAAGAUGAUGGUCCCCCUGUGGCAGAUCUACCAUUGUCCUCUCCCCCAGGGAGCCUGGCCACAGAGCGCCGCAAGUCUCUUCCUCUCGAACCAGCGCUGACAAACGCUGUGGCGACUGCUGUUGAAACAGUUCCACAAACAGUUCCAAGACCUCUGACAUUACGAGGUGUAGCCAGCAAGCCAGAGCGUGCCAGCUCUGUGAAGAGCGACUUUGAUCCAAUGAAAGCUGAAGAUUUGCUCAGCGCUCGUCGGCAGUCUGAAGAUGUGAGGUCUGAACCCGACUGGGGACAGAACUAUAGGACGCGUGAGUUUGUGGUUGAGCAGUCACACGACUACGCGGAUAGUGGGAGUGUCGGUAACAGUCUGGGGAAAAUGAGCGGCUGGUCGUCCUCGUUUGAUCCAGGGGAACAUCAGCCCACACGCGGCACGUCUGUUGCGGUUCCUAUAGAACAGCGAGAGAGGGGGCAGAGUUAUGGAACUUUGCUCCAAAACUACACUCCCACAAGUGGUGCUGUAUCUUCACCCACUAUGCAGGAAGUUCUGGAGAACCUGGGGGAUUCUGGCCAAGUUUUAUCAGCUCAGCCUUCUAGUCAGCCUUCUAGUCAUACUUUCCAAAAUCAGUCCAGUCAGGAAGGCUCCACAUCCUGCUCAGAGUUUGAGUUGAUCUCCACUCCGUUUGCCUCAGACAUGCUGUACACCAGCUCAAAGAUGUAUGAAUCCCAGAUUGUGAUAUUUGGGGAGAUUUGCAAUGAGAAGGGCUUGGACAUACAGAACUACCAGUGUAAAGGCUGCUCCAGGCCUAUUGGAUUAAUUUAUGGGAACCCGAGAGUGUGCACAUUUGAUGGAGGCUACUACUGUUAUGAAUGUCAUGAAAACGAAGAGUAUUACAUCCCAUCUAGGAUCGUCUUUAACUGGGACUUCAGGAAACACAAAGUGGCAAAGAAAAAUCGUGUGUUUCUUCAGGAGAUGGAAGAACACCCAUUGCUAGAUCUGGAAGCGCUGAACCCUAAGAUUUAUGAUCAUGUCAAUGAGAUGAACGAUGUGAAGCUUCUCCGCCAGCAGCUGUGCUAUGUCAAGUCUUACUUAUUCACCUGUAAACAGUCUGUGGCUGAGGACCUACGGAAGAGCGUAUGGCCUAAGGAAUAUCUAUAUGAUCAUCUUCAUAUUUACUCACUCAGUGACCUUCUCCAAGUGAUGUCUGGUCAGCUCGCUCAGAACUUACGAAAACUUGUCAGAUUUGCCACAAAGCACAUCUACGAGUGUCGAUUGUGCAGCCAGAAGGGAUUUAUCUGUGAGAUAUGUAACAGUCCCCAGGUGAUCUAUGCAUUUGAGACAGACACCACUGAAAGGUGUGAGCGGUGUAAAGCUGUCUACCAUGGGAGUUGUCUGGCACAAGUGAAGAACUGUCCCAAGUGUCAGCGGCGGAUGCUGCGACAUUCCAGUAUGGGAGAGGAGGUAGCCACACCAGAUUCUGAUUAUGCCAUUCAUCCAGAUGACCAGUUAUAGCAUAGAUCAUUCAACUGAUACAUCAGCAGGCAUGGAGUGUCUGUUCUUCACUGUUGCUAUUUCUGAUUUUGUACCUGUUUUGCAAACAAUUAAGAGCUGUGAUUCUCAGUGAUGAGCGGGGUAGUGAGUCUUUUCUGGGCUGGCAAGACCUAAGCAUUUAAAUAGUCAAAUGAAAAUGAUUUGAGUUGUUCAUUGGCACCGUUUGUUCUCAGAUUUGACAGAUGUGAUACUAACUUGUACAUAUGUACGUGCAGUUUACUGCCGAGGUUUACUUCCUCCCAUUUUUAGGUGUAGGAUACAUGUUUCUACCACACUGACUAACGUCUUUGCUGUCCUCAAGUUUGGAGCAAAAAGCACUGAUUUUGAUGGGUUCAGGAAGUAUAGUGAAUGCGUUUUUGCUCUUGUGUGUGAAUAAUGUAUACAGUUUUUUGGGGUAGGGGUUUGGGGCUUGCUGCUACUACUUUAAUUUCAUCAGUCUACCGAUAUAUAUGGGUAGUUUGAUGCCACAAUAUGCCCUCCAUUUUGACCCUCUCUUUACAUGACAUCUAUUUGGUGUAGGACAGGGCAUGUGCUUUAUCUUCAGUUGUGCACAAGUCUACCUUGUGAUGUACAGCUGUCAGAGGUAAUUGUCCUGUGAAGUGGCCAUCAGUAUUGGACAGCCGCUUCAUAACAGUGUGCUACCAGAGUUGUCCAGCACUGUUAAGGCUGGGCACAUUACCAAAUUAUCAUGGCACUCCUCAAACUUGUGUGGGCACCUUUCUGUAAAGACAAGGACUUAAUUCACAUAAAAUGUGCAAUAGACUAUACACACAUAGAAGGAAAAGGGAGGUGGUGAUUUAAAUUUGGUUGCUUGUAACACUGAAGAUCAAUGUGAAUACAGACAAGUGUGCAUCAAGCGGCAGUAUCAGGGACAGGAAAAACCUAGUUGAAUAAACGGGCAAAAGAUGUGAGAGUAUGAGGGGAAAAUAUGUAUAUUGAAAUGGAAUGGUUGUGAUCUGAGCUAUUGGUACAAGAGCACUGUUCAUCUCCAUGCAGGGGUGAUUUGUAAACAGUGUACAUAUUUAUUUAUAUACGGUAUGUACAUAUGUGUAAGAAACAAAUAUAA